GGACCUGCUUCUCGGACAGAAACAAGCCGUGCGGUUCUGAUCGUGCGUUCGGACUCACGCACGGACUCACGCACUGUAGCAGGUGGAGGAACUUUGUUCCCGCAGAGACGAGCUGACCUCCCGGGACGCGGUGCACAGACACGUGGGCAACAUGUCGGCCUCAGCGGUGAAACUCAGCCGGAAGGAGAAUUCAAACCACGACGCAGCGCACGAAACCUCCGAGAAAGAGCAGCAGGAAGCGAUCGAACACAUCGAUGAGGUCCAGAACGAAAUCGACAGACUGAACGAACAGGCUAGUGAAGAAAUUUUAAAAGUAGAGCAGCAAUUCAACAAAUUACGCCAGCCAUACUUUCAGAAGCGAUCAGAACUCAUAGCCAAAAUCCCCAACUUCUGGGUCACAACAUUCGUCAACCACCCACAAGUUUCAGCUCUUCUCGGCGAGGAGGAUGAAGAAGCGCUGCACUACCUGUCGCGGGUGGAGGUCACCGAGUUCGAGGACAUCAAGUCGGGAUACAGAAUAGAUUUUUACUUCGAUGAGAACCCGUACUUCGAGAACAAGGCCCUCUCCAAAGAGUUCAACGUGAACGAGAUUGGCGACCCGGUCUCCAAGUCGACUGAGAUCAAAUGGAAAGCUGGAAAGGACCUGACGAAGCGUGCGGGUCAGACGCCAAACAAAGCUGGAAAGAAGCGGCAGCACGAGGAGCCGGAGAGCUUCUUCACCUGGUUCACCGACCACUCGGACGCCGGCGCCGACGAGCUGGGAGAAGUCAUCAAGGACGACAUCUGGCCCAACCCGCUGCAGUACUACCUGGUCCCGGACAUGGAAGACGAGGACGGGGACGGCGAUGACGACGACGAUGAAGAGGAGGGUCUGGAAGACAUUGACGAGGGGGAGGAGGAGGAAGGUGAAGAUGAGGAUGAAGAUGGCGACGGAGAAGAUGGAGAGGACGAUGGCGACGAUGAUUAAACGUUGAACUCUUUCCCUCCGUCUGUGAUCGUCCUUCAACCCGUCGGAACCAACGCUUUUGGUUAUUUUUUGGGGGGG